GUAUCAUGCCUAGCGAGACUCCACAAACAUCAUUUGAUUAAAGAGAACCGCAAAGCUAAAGAUAUCAUUUUUAAUGCAAUUCUGUAUCAAACUAAGAAAUAUAGAAAUGGGACAUGGUCCAACGCUGACAUUCACAGAGAUUGUAGUGAACUCGGAAAUUUUGGGAUUUACUGUUAUGGCUAUGGGAAAUUCGGGGCUUACUCGAUAACUGAUAAGAAAUUUGAAUUAACAGGUUGCCCUGGCUGUGUUCUGUCCGUUCGUUUGGUCGUUUUUGACAAUGAAUUGUAUGCAUGUGGACGUACUUCUAUACACGAUGCAAACAGCACGCUGUUUCGACUCAGAGGAAAUGUGUGGGGAAAAGUCAUGGAGUUAACGG